AUGUUCUUUUCGUCCUGCCCAACCAAGACUAUAAGAUUCGAGAUCAGUGAUAUAACGUCCUCCCUCUUAUUCAAGAGACAUUCAUCCUCGAAGAGAUGGCAAGCACGUCAGAUCAAAGACCACUUUACAAGGGCUGCGGCAGUACAAGGCUUGAAGAGCCGUGCAGCAUUCAAAUUAUUGCAGAUCGAUGAGAAAUAUCACAUUUUCAAGAGUGGGCAAACAGUAGUGGAUCUGGGAUACGCCCCCGGCUCCUGGUCUCAGGUGGCAGCGACUCGAACUCAACCGAACGGUCGAGUCCUGGGCGUAGACAUAAUCCCAGCUCAGCCCCCCAAAGGCGUCUCUACCAUACAGGGCAACUUCCUUACCCCAGAUAUUCAGGCCUACGUUCGGGAGUUCCUCCGCGAUCCUUGUAGAGGCAGACCGCGCUCCCCUAGUCCGUGGGACGGAGACGAACACAAUAAUACGACCUUCAGUUCGACCGCGAGCCUGGAGCAUAAUAGCGAGUGCAUCGGACAAAGUGAUGCUGUGUCGGAGAGAACGGUAGAUGUGGUUUUAAGCGAUAUGUGUGCUCCCUGGUUCCAAACCACCGGCUUCUGGAAGCGAAGUCUAAGUGACCCUUAUAAUAGGAUGAUGAACACAAGCGGCGUGAAUUUCCGAGAUCACGCCGGCAGCAUGGUACUUCAAUCAAAUGUCAUACUAUCGUACAUUUUGACUGACCUGAUAGGACCUCUGCCGUGCCGCGUUGCAAUUCAGCUUUGA